ACACUAGGAAGCAGAGAUUAUAUGGUAUUGCCUGUGUAUGUGUGCGCUGAAUUGUUAUUGUAUAGCACAAUACAUGAGUGUCUGUAACAGCAGGGAAAAGGCCGGAAGAGGGAAGGGCUUUGGAUGCUUACAUAAUCCAGUGCGAGAGAGAGAGAGAGUCCAAGCAUAGCAUAAGGGAAGUCCAUUAACAUCAGAAGGUUUGAGAAAACGUUUGAGGGAAAGAAACUGAGUGUCAAAGACAGAUAUUGCAAUUUCUUAUUUCAUCAUGGAAGGAUCUGAGUUUUCUUCGACGACAUCGACCAGCCGACCAGAACUGUUUGAUUUUGAAGGCAUUUCUAUGGUGCAUUACUUUACUGAUGACUGGGAAAAUGUUCAGAACUUCCAUGCAAGACCAGAUGACAUCCUCAUUGCUACUUACCCUAAAGCAGGCACCACCUGGGUUUCUUACAUCUUGGACCUGCUUUAUUUUGGCAAUACAGCACCAGAGCGUCAGACCUCAAUACCCAUCUACUUCCGAGUGCCUUUCCUUGAGGCGGUUCUUCCUAAGAUACCUACAGGGGUUGAACUAGCAAAUAAUUUAUCCACCACACCACGACUCAUCAAAACUCAUUUACCUGUUCAGCUGGUACCCAAGUCCUUCUGGGAACAGAAUUGCAAGGUUGUCUACAUAGCUCGUAAUGCCAAAGACAAUGUUGUUUCUUAUUUCCACUUUGAGCGCAUGACUCAGGCACAGCCUGAGCCAGGUGACUGGAACAGUUAUCUACAGAGCUUCAUGGAUGGAAAAAAGGUGUUUGGACCUUGGUAUGAUCAUGUGUGUGGCUACUGGGAGAAGAAGAAGACAUACUCUAAUCUUCAUUACAUGUUCUUUGAGGAUAUGGUGGAGAAUACUGACCGUGAGGUGGAGAAUCUUUGCUCUUUCCUCGGGUUAUCUACACCAAAAGAAGAGAGAGAGAAAAUUACAAAAAUUACCCACUUUGAUGCCAUGAAGCAAAACAAGAUGACCAAUUACUCUACAAUCCCAGUCAUGGAUUUUUCAGUCUCACAGUUUAUGCGCAAAGGUAAAGUCAGUGACUGGAAGAAUCACUUCACAGUGGCCCAGAAUGAGCAGUUUGAUAAACACUACAAAGAGAAGAUGAAGAACACAACAUUAAAAUUUCGAACACAGAUUUAGGACGUGAUGAGACCUUAGAAUUCUUAUUUACACGUGCAAAUUUUAUUCAGUGAUCACUUUGCUUACAUUUAAGUUGUAAACACCAGACAUUGUAAUGAAUAAUGUGAAUAAUAUGUACACUUCAAGCAUGUUAUCAUUUAUAUCGAAACAACUUAGACUGUCUCUUGUAUAGCAGAAGCUCCAUAUAAAGGAAUUGAAAAACAUGUCUAAUUGUUGAAAUGGUGAUACAUAUAUAUUUUUUAAUUUAACAGUUUUGGAAGGAGUCUCCAAUGUCAGUGGUUGUAACAUCUCAUCUCAUCAUCUCUAGCCGCUUUAUCCUUCUACAGGGUCGCAGCCUAUCCCAGCAGACUACAAGCGAAAGGUGGGGUACACCCUGGACAAGUCGCCAGGUCAUCACAGGGCUGACACAUAGACACAGACAACCAUUCACACUCACAUUCACACCUACAGUCAAUUUAGAGUCACCAGUUAACCUAAACUGCAUGUCUUUGGACUGUGGGGGAAACCGGAGCACCCGGAGGAAACCCACGCGAACACGGGGAGAACAUGCAAACUCCGCACAGAAAGGCCCUUGCCGGCCACGGGGCUCGAACCCAGACCUUCUUGCUGUGAGGUGACAGCGCUAACCACUACACCACCGUGCCGCCCCCAUUGUGUACAUGUGUUUAUUCAAAGUAACAUUUCAUGAUAAUACCUCUGUGAGCACUGGCAAAGCACUGUGGUAUUAAAAGGAAUAAGACACUUUG